GGCGGGCGAGGUGGGUCUUGUUUUCCUUGUGGGGGUUUCAAAGAACGGCAGUUGAGGAGCGGCGUUAACGGUUGUUGGGCAGCCGGGAAGGCAGCGCGGGCGAGGCGGUGGCGAGGUAAAUUCAUGAACAUUUUGAAGCAAUAUUACUUGCUAGAAGAUAUUAAAGAAGAAUCUGUUUUAAACCACCUUUAUACUAGGAUCCUCCAUUUCCAAGCUGGCUAAAGAGGAGCAAAAGGAACCUUUUCCAGGUAUGUAUACUGAUACAUGAACAAAUUAACCCCUGGCAUACUGAUAGAUAGUAUUAUUUAUUCAAAGACAUCCAGACCAUGCCUUUGAUUAAGCAAUGCCAUUUAUCGGGACUCCCAAAAGAAUUCCUUCUACGGCAUGGUGUUCUGGAAUGAGUCCGAGGGGCUCCAAUCCUGAUGGCAUUCCAGAGAGCCUUAAAGACCUGAUCCUUCUCCCAGUCAUGGGCUAGACUGGUGAGUAUAUGAUAAUGCUUAUCUUCUUGGCUAGUUCUGCCAUCUUGUUAUUGUUGUCCUUUUCCUAUAUUUGUUAUUAUUAUAUUGUGAACUCCCAGAGUUGAUUGAAGUCAGGCAGCAUGAGAUUUUUUAAAGCUGUUCUAAGUUGUUAAGGGAGGUGUUGCUUAAAAAGAAAAGGAAAACAAAACAAAAAAACCCAAAUUGAUUGAAAGUGCAUUAUUUUGCUAUCAUUAUUUAGAAAAUAGGUAGGUAUUGCAAAGUCACAAGUUAUUUUAAAGGAAAACUGAAAUUCCGAUAAUUACUGAAUUUGCAGCGGGGGGGGGGGAGGACUUAAACAGCACUGACAAAUAAAUAACAAGUACAGUACUAUUGUACAUUCCUUCUUAGACCUACAUAUGCCUUCAGAAAUAAACUCCAUCCUUGCUGUUUAGAAUAAUUGCAGACACUUAUCAAGCUGUUGGGAGCUACUACACCCCACUUACUUGCCCAGUCUAGGCACAUAGACUUCUUGCUUUGUGACCCUGAGGUCUACCCUCCCACCUCAAAAAGAAAAAAAAACCAAACCCCCAAAUCAUCUCUAGGAGAGGAAGGGAUUGGGGUGAAUAUGCCUUUGCUGAAAAAGUUGGGUUUGGGAUGUGCAGUAGAUGUGUUUCAGUCUAUGUGGCCAGAGGAGCUGGGGAGGGGCAGCCUUCACAAUGUGGCACAAAGGAUGGAGUUUUCCAAACAAAUAAGUUGACCUGAUAGAGAUGGAGUUGAUAAAUAAGUAUGAGUUGUAAGGCAUUUAUGACUUAGCAGACCACAAACCUAGCUUGGUAUCUUUUUUCCAGAAUUCAUAACUACCCCAAUUGAGAGAAGCAAUGCAAGCCUUGAUGCAACCCAACCGAUACAGAUGGAACUCUAUGAACAGGGAAGAACGGCUCAAAGAAGCUGCCAUGGACUUUAUUCGCAUGUGUGCAGAACAGGGUGAUGGUGAUAGCCCAAGACAGCUUCAAAUGGCCCCUCAACUGGACCCCUACCCGAGAGCCUCAGUGGCCUCAGUGGCCAGACCUAUGCUUCCUGCAAUGAUCAGGCAAGGUCAGACUGAAUCCAGCUUCCAGUCAGACAACCUCAAGAAUUCCAGAGUUUCAAAGAAACCUGUGAUGAAAAGGAAAGUUCUGAGGCGAACACCUGACGGAGAAGUGCAGGUGACAGAUGAAUCUAUCACUAGUGAGACAGAAUCCAGUAAUCCAAGUGUUCAACAAUCCAGUCCUGAAUGUGAGAAUUUAAAUCAGAGAAUGAAUCUUCAGGAGGAGGAGGAACAGUGUAAUGAGGAGAACCAGCCCCAAAGUUCCCCUGGGUCAGUCUGUUCCUGGAGUCCUUCAGAGGAAAGCCAGAAUCAGUGUUCCAGAAGAGAGAGCCAGAGCCUCAGCUCUUCGUCCUUUGAGCAAGACUUCAUCCUAACUGGCCACCCCAAGUCUUUCAUAUUACCAAAGUUGGAGCAGCUCAAUCGGAACAGAAUGAAGACCGAUCGGGUUGCCCGUUACCUGGAACACAAGCACGACUGGGAAUCCCUGCGGCUUCCAGGAGAAGACCCCAGGAAAGGGGUGCGCUGGAGCAUUCGGGAACAGAUGCUCUACAAGUCAGAAUUGCCUCCUAAGGCUCAGCCUGUUUAUAUCCCCAACACCUAUCUGGUGCCUACAGAGAAGAAGAGAUCUGCCCUGCGCUGGGGAAUACGCUGUGACUUGGCAAACGGUGUGGUGCCUAGAAACAUCUACUCCUAAGAACCUGGAAUCUUUAAAUGUCAUACACAGAAGAACUUAGUAGAUCCCAAAGAGCUAGCUACCUCAAAUAUGCAGCUAAGCUCCUUUUAUUUCUUUCCAAUUCCAAACCCUACCCAUUUAAUCUUAAGAUCUAUCUUGAAUCUGAAUGCCUAUUUUCUUGCAAAAGAUUUUUUAAAAGCUACGAUUGUCUCAGAUCAUAUUAUUUGAAUGUAAAUAUUACCUUAUAAAAGGCAGGCAAAAAAUGAAUCAAAAUCUACUGAAGUAUAGUCAAGAAAAAGGAUCCUUCCCCCACCCCAAGAUACUUCACAAACAUUCCCUCUUUGAACUUUUAAAAAGUUUUAACUUCUGGAUGUAUAGAUUAAAUUAAAUUUAUGAAGUGAAAUGAUGAUUGUAUUCUUUCCAAGGGUAAGCUUCAGUUCUUCUGCUUUUCAUCAUGCACUAGAGUUGCUGUUUGGAGCUAUAGAAGUAAACUUUUCUCUGUGAUGAGAUUAACAGGUAUACUUCCUUGUAUAUGAAAGUUCUGUUUUACAGAUACAUGUCCAGAAUGCAGGAUAUUUUCUUCACUGAUUUUUAGCAAUAUACUUCCCACACACAGA